AUGGCUACCUACGUUGUCUUCGUGUCCACGGGCAAUUUUUUACACUUGGGUGCCCUCGAUCCAAUUUUCUUCUCCUUUGUGGGCACCGACGGAGAGAGCCCUCAAACCAGCCUGGGCACCUGGCUCUCUGAGUUCACUGAUGAAGUGGAAAAUAAAUACGAAGUAACUUGUGAGCGUGACCUGGGAGAUAUUUUGCUCCUCCGUCUCCAGAAAAAGCCUUUGCUUGGCAUCAUCUCCACCCAAUGGUACUGUAAUUUCGUCAAGGUGAUCUCCCCGCAGGGCCAAACCUACACUUUCCCAUGCUACCAGUGGCUCGAAGGCAGUGACAACCUGGAGCUCAGGGAGGGGAAGGCGAAAACGGUUGCUAUGGAGUCGCACGUCUUACUCAAAACACAUAGGGAGAAACAACUGAAGAAGAGGCAGAAGGACUUUGGGUGGAAGACGAUGGCUGAGGGCAUCCCCCGCUGCCUGGAUGUUGACUCUGUCCAUGAUCUGGACACAGAUAUCAAGUUUUCUUUCGUCAAGUCUUCGCUGUUUAAGGCACGCGCCAAGGCAAAGCAAGUGGAGCUGAAGCUGAAGGGGUUUUCUGAUAGCCAAGAGUCCUGGAAGAAGUUGGAGGACAUCAAGCAGGUCUUCUGGUUCAAUAAGACUCCUCUGUCAGAAUACACCACAGAACACUGGAAGAGCGAAGAGUUCUUUGGGUACCAGUUCCUGAACGGACUGAACCCCCGCAUGAUCCAGAAAUGCACAGAGAUCCCAGCCAAGUUCCCCGUGACGCAGGAGAUGGUGGCGAACUCCCUGGACAGCGGCACCACACUAGAGAAGGAGCUGGAGAAAGGGACCAUUUUCAUUGCCGACUACCAGAUCCUCGAAGGGGUCCCCCCAGGCCUCAAUAACGACAAGCAGCAGUACAUCGCGGCCCCGCUCUGUCUGCUGCACCUCUCGCCCCAGAAGCAGCUGUUGCCCCUCGCCAUUCAGCUGAGCCAGACCCCCGGCCCAGAUGCCCCCAUCUUCCUGCCCAGUGACUCUGAAUGGGACUGGAUCUUGGCCAAGACCUGGGUGCGUAAUGCCGACUUCCACGUUCACCAGGCGCUCACCCACCUGCUCCGGACGCACCUCUUGGCCGAAGUCUUCACCCUGGCUACCCUCCGCCAACUGCCCAUGUGCCACCCGCUCUACAAGCUGUUGAUUCCCCACACCCGUUUCACCCUUCACAUCAACACGCUGGCCCGGGAGAGGCUUAUUAACAAGGAUGGUGUCUUUGACAGGUCGACUGGGACCGGUUACGAAGGCCUGAUGAAGCUACUGCAGAAGGGCACGGAAGACCUGACUUACUCCUCCCUCUGCCUGGGAGAGGAUCUGGAGGCUCGUGGUGUGGCCUCCGUGCCCAAUUACUACUACAGGGACGAUGGUCUUAAGAUCUGGGAGGCCGUGGAAAGCUUUGUCUCGGGCAUUUUGGACUUGUAUUAUGAAAGCGAUUCUGCCGUGAAGGAAGAUUCUGAGCUGCAGAGCUGGAUUCGGGAGAUCUUCACGGAAGGGAUGUUCAAUCGAAAGUCCUCAGGUAUACCCUCCUCGCUAGGCAAUCUGGCGGAGUUCAAGAAGUUCCUGACUAUGGUGAUUUAUACCUGCUCAGCCCAGCACAGUGCUGUGAACAGUGGACAGUACGAUUUGGGCGCCUGGAUGCCUAACUUCCCCUCCUCCAUGAGGAAGCCCCCUCCGAAGACCAAAGGCACAGCAACUAAGGAGAGCUACAAAGAGACCAUCCCAGCGAUCAACACCACCUGCCAAAUCCUCAGCACCCUCUGGCUACUUAGCGCAGACCCAGGAGACAUGGUCCCCCUGGGGCAUUACCCCGAAGAGCACUUCACUGAGGAGGAGCCUAAGAGAUUGAUGGAGGCCUUCAAGGAACACCUGGAGAACAUCUCCAAGGAAAUUCAGGAGCGGAACCGGCAACUGGACGAUGUCUCCAUCGGCUACUGGCACCUCUACCCUCGAGACAUAGAGAACAGUGUCUCCAUAUAGUCGGAUGGCUACUCUGCUUUCCCCUCUCCAAGCCUUGGU